GAUUUUGCAUUUCUGGGAGGGCUGCUUUGUUUACUAACAGUCCUCCUCACUGUCGGCUUGGGCACACUGUUCUGCACAGCCAUCCAGAGCAGUGUGCUUACAGCACCGACACGCCGCCCCCCAUUAAAACACUCCCAGCACACAGUUAACCCUUUGAUAACCCCUCAUGUUAACCCCUUCCUUCCCAGUGUCAUUAGUACAGUGUCAGUGCUUUUUUUUUUAGCACUGAUCACUCUAUUUGUGUCACUGGGGAUGUCAGUGACACCAAGUCAAUUCCCCCCAGUGCCAGAAUGCCCGCCACAGUCC